AUGGGACAGAAUACCAGCAACUUUGACGACGCGGCUUCGCACGCGCUUAGCCUAAGCAACGCGCUCCUUUUUCAGGCCAAAAUGGGGAAAUACACUGACUUCGCCCUCGAAUGUGACGGUGCCACCUUCCCAGUCCACAAGGCGGUCGUUUGCUCUCAGGUCGAAGCUUUCGCUGCUGCCUGCGAGGGACGCUUCCAGGAGGCAUGCACAGGUGUCUACCGUAUUGACAGAUUUCAAGCAUCAACUGUGGGCUACAUGGUAGAAUACCUGUAUACAGGGGAUUAUACCACCGAAUCCGAGCGCAAGCGCGAUGCCACCGAAGUGUCUACCUCCAAAGGCGAAACCACCUCACGCACCAACCCUUCGACUCCAAUUCUAUCUGAGAUCUUGAUUGCUCACAUCCGGGUCGCUGAUCUUGCGGAAUAUUAUCAGAUAUCGGGGCUGAAUGCUCUCGUUGAGAGGAAGGUCGACAAAACACUCCAGAUGCCAUGGUCCGCUAAGGGAUUUGGGACAGCCGUAGACCUGGCUUACAGGGUCCCGAAUGCUGGGAGCUUAUGUGACAAGAUAGCGGGUGUCUUGGUGCAACAUCUCGAUGACUUCCUUCCCGACGAAGCCACAGAGAGCCCGUUCACCGAUGAUGUGUCCGUCCGCGUGCUGCGACUGAUGCGCGAGGCGAGCAAGGCUUCUGCAAGGUCCAUUCAUGCGCUGCAUGGCGAGUGCAACAGCCUCAAAGAGCAGCUUGCCCGUGAGCGUCAGAAGCAAGCGCAGCCAGCGCAACAUGCGGUGACGUCCGGGGACAUACUGAGACUUGGUGGGAGUACUCUGUCCCCACUUUCUCGCGAAUUACUUCUCCCACCCCGUCGCAGUAAUCGUUAACGAUGUCUCGAUUAAGCCAUCAUGCGGGACGGUCCAUAUGUGCAC